GUCUUAAUUAGAGCAGGAAUGGCUUUCCAGCAGGACAUGCAGAGGGACGAUGGCUUAACCUGCGUCGGCUACAUUUGCAACUCUGCACGUUACUAACCUGGAACACUGAAGCAAAGCUGUCAUGGAGAAGACUCCUAAACAAGAUGCCCUAGUGCACAUAGUCGCUUGUAAAGACAAAUCCUUUCUGGAGGAAAGGUAUAUAGACUCCUUUAAAGGGAGAGGAGUUUUCACCCACAAGGCCAUUGCACCAUCCACAUUUGUUGUUGAAUAUCGGGGGAGAAUCUUUCCUGUCAAAGACACAAGACCUGAGAAGAAAUGCAGUGACACUCUGAAGAAUUUUUUGUUUGAGUUUUCAUGGAAAGGAGAACGCUGGUGCGUUGAUGCUUCAAAAGAGGAUAAGACGCUUGGAAGACUCGUGAAUGACGAUCACACAAGUCCCAACUGUGAAAUGAAGAAAGUGAACUGCGAUGGAAAGCCGCAUUUGUGCCUGUUUGCAGUGAAAGAAAUAGCUAGAGGCGAGGAGAUAACUUACAACUACGGGAAGUCCUCCUAUCCAUGGCGCUCAAAGGAUUCCUAUGAUGGAUCAAAUUCCUAUGAUGGAUCAGAUAUUCAUGCUAAUUCAACACCAAAGAAGGAAAAGUUUGAGGACUCAGAGGCAGCUUCGAGCUAUGAAGAUGCUGGCUCUGAUGAUGAUGAUGACGGUGCACCAAUUUGUGAAAAUGAAAGUGCUGCCAACAGCAACAGUCAGGGGGACGUCAGCGAUAAUUCUCUUGAAGAUUUGGAUUCCUCUCAAGACGUGAUACGACAUGACGCUUCAUGCAGCCAGCAGGAGGACGAGGCUGCUGUCAGCUCUGAUGAAUCUGACAAGGAUGAGGACUAUGUUCCCAGAAGGUCAUUGCGAAGGCCUAAAGAAUGUUCUUACACUAGUAAAAACUAUUGUUAUGCUUGCGGGAAAGGUUAUGCUAAAAUUGCUAGACAUCUUUUGACACACGCUGAUGAAGAGCCUGAGAUCGCUGAACUUGCUACAUUACCCAAAAGCUCCAAGGAACGAAGAAAGUUACUUGAUGAGUUGCGGAUCCGGGGAAAUUACAAACAUAAUCAAGAGGUUUUCAAGAAGAACUGUGGAAAGUUGAAAAUGAAAAGACGACCUGUAACUGAGCCUGCAGAGGAGAUCAGUGCUGAAAUACACAUUUACUGUCUAUUUUGUAAAUGUCUGCUCAGACGUAGUGAUGCAUGGAGACAUGUGGCCAGAUGUGCUUCUAAGACAGCGGAAAACUCUGCAACAGAUGAAAAGACAAGAGUCUUAGGUAAGAUUGGUCCCACUGUGUGGAAGUUGCUACUAACAAUGCAACCAGAUGAGACUGCAAAGGCAGCUCAAAGUGACUACCUUCUAUUACAGCUGGCAGCUAGUCUGGUCCAUAAGUAUGGAAAUAGAUAUGAUUACAUCAGACAGAGGCUGCGAGAAAUGGCAACUCUUCUGAUAGCCCUGCAUGAAAAGUCAAUAUUCAGCUUUGAAGAAGCAGUCAAAUCCAAAAACUUCUACAAAGUUGUUGAGGCUGUUAAAGAAAUGGCAGGUUUUGACGAGAAGAUGCAGAGCUACGACAAACCAAAUCUGGCUUUGAAAUUCGGACAUUCACUCAAAAAAAUAGGCGCCAUUGUCCUCGCGGGAGUUGACGGCAAUGAGCGGUUGACGAAAGACACAAAGAAAUUCAUGAAAUUAUGCGCAGAAGAAUGGAGUGAGCUUGUCUCCAAAACAUCUGUGGAUUCGUCGAGUGGACAAAAAGUAAACAGCCCGUCUACCAUACCAUUCACUCAAGACGUGCAGGUUUUCCACAGGUACCUGGAAAGAACAGCAGCUUCUGCGAUCGAAAGCCUGGAGAUGGAUGGAAACCCACAGGCCUAUAGUGCGCUCUGCAGGGUGACACUAGCACAGGCAUCAGUCUUGAACAAAUGUGCACCUGAAGUUUCAAAAAUGACAGUAGAGACAUUCCAGGAGAGGGGCGACACCGUUCGAGUGUUAUCCAAACGCUUCAUCAAAAUAAAUGUUCCAAACGAAACUGGCCAAAACGUCGCCGUCUUGUUGACCUCUGAUCUUGUCAGUGCAAUAACGCUGCUUGUGAGCAAGAGACAAGCUUGUGGCAUACACCCGGAUAAUCCUUUCUUGUUUGCAAAGCCAAACUCUGAUUCUACCAGUAUUUUUCACGGAGGGAUCUGCAUCGGGGCUUUUUCAAGUCUGUGUCGUGCAGGAAACCCAGAGCAUCUCAGAUCAGUGCAUCUUCACAAGCACAUUGCAAGAAUCUUCCAGGUCCUCAACCUGGAGAACGAUGAGCUCCAUCACCUUGCUAAGCUGUUGGGCCACAAAAUCCGGCCUGACAGGGAAUAUUACAGGUCGCCAGAGGCCGCUGUGGAGCUCGCAAAAAUCGCAAAACUUAUUCUGGCGAUGGAAAAGGGUUCUCUGGAAAGGUUUAAAGGAAACUCUCUGGAGCAAAUGGAGAUUGAGGAUAAAUUGGAGCCAGAUGUGGAGCAGGGCAACCCUGGAAACAGUGAUGCUGCGGUUGACAAUGAAGAAUCAGAGCUUUUACCUGAGCAGAGUGAUGCUGCGCAACCCCAAGCCGUCACAGAGAAGCAGAGCAGGCAACUGGACCGAAGUGCUGCUGCAUCUUCAUCAGAGGAUGAACAUGUUGAGGACUCGGCAGAAGCCACCAGUUCUGAUGAAUCACGCUUUGAUGACGAGUACGUACCUGACGAAGAAUUGAUAAGUGAUGACAGUUUAACCAGCAACAGCAACCACAUGACUCGCAGAUUCCAGAAGAAGAACAGUCCAAAUCCAGAUUCUUCUAAACAGCAGCGCCUUGUGCAACAACCCACCAAAGCUUCAAGCAUCAAGCAGGUGGAGGACGAGGCUAAUGACAACCCCGACAGUUUUACCUCUGAUGACGAGCCUGAAGGUCCUACCUUCACCAACAUAAAUUAUUGUUACGUUUGCGGGAAAGGUCUAACCAAACUUUCUCGUCACCUUUUCACUCAUAGAAAUGAAGUGCCCGAGAUAGCUACAGUGUUUUGCCUGCCGUUACACUCCAAGGAGAGAUCAGUUAUGUUGAAUGAGUUACGAAACAGAGGAAAUUUCCAACAUAAUGAAGAGGUUUUGAGGACUCGACAUGGAAAACUGAAAGUGAAUAGAAAAAGACCAGGCAAGAGAAGUGAUUUGAAAGCAUUGGCUUUCUGUCUGUAUUGCAAAGUCAUGCGUGGUCGUAAGGACAUGUGGCGACAUGUGCAAAGGUGUGCCGCAAAGAGGUCCUCAAAAUAUCGAACGCCUGCGCAGAGGAAAAUCUUAAGCUUGGUUCAUGCUGCAGAGUCAACAGACCUCAAGGAGGUCUCACCAGAUGUGAAGAAGUUCAUAGAGAGCCUGAAGAGUGAUGAGGUUACCUCUGUAAUUUUGAAUGAUCCCCAUAUACAGCAGCUGGCACAAUGUAUUUACCGCACAAAUGACGGUAAAAAAAAACAAGGUACGUUUACAAAUAGACUGAGGCUAAUGGGAAGACUCCUGUUGAAAUUAAGAGACAAGUCAAUAGAUAGCAUUGAGGAUGCUGUCAAACCUCAGAACUUCAGCAAAGUUGUCGAAGCGGCCAAAGAACUUGUUGGUUUCAAUGAGGAAACAAAGACAAGUGCCAAACCAAGUGUCUGGUUGCAUUUGGGAAAUUUGCUUAGGAAAAUUGCCACCAUUAACUACGCCAGGGCUUUGAAAGAGGAUGCUGAUAAACAGAAGGUGGAAGAAGUGGAGACAUUCAUGAAGUUGUGUGAGACAGAAUGGGCCUCUGUCCACCAAUCAAAAACAGCUAACAACACACCAACCAUCCCCUUCAUUCAUGAUGUGCAGCUUCUCUUUCAGUGCUUGGAACAGACGAUGGCAUCUGGAGUUGAAAGUCUGACGAUGUACGAAUGUCCUCAGGUCUACCACGCACUUCUCAGAGUGACAGUCGCCCAAGUGUCAGUCUCGAACAAAAACAUGGCGGAAGUUUCAAAAGUAACACUGAAGUCAUUCAAUGAGAGGGAUAAGACUGAGCCUCAUGAGGACGCUGCUGUUUGCCAGUCACAGUUAGAUCAAAUUCUCUCCAAGCGCUCUGUGAAGAUCAAUGUCAGGAACAACAAGGGCAGAAAAGUUGCUGUUACAUUGACCCCCAAACUGCUCGAUGCUUUGACACUGCUUGUGAGUAAGAGAGACACGUGUGGUGUACAUGAAAAAAAUGUGUUCCUGUUUGCAAAACCUACUGCCACGUGGAUGAGCUUCUACCAAGGACACGUGUGCUUCACCAUGUUUGUGGGUCGGUGUGGCGCAAAGAACAAAGUGAAUCUCAGGUCUGUGUGUUUUCGUAAGCACGUUGCAAGAUUUUUCCAGAUUCUCAGCCUCACGAAUGAAGAGCUUGAGCAGCUCGCCAAACUGCUGGGCCGUGACAUCCGAACCGACAGAGAGUACUAUCAGACGCCCGAGGCCGCAGUCGACAUUGCAAAAAUCUCGGAGCUACUGACAGCAAUGGAGAGUGGAUCUCUUGAAAGAUUUGAAGGAAAAUCCCUCGAGGAAAUUGAGAUCGCAGAUGAACUGGAGCCGGAUAUGGAGCAGGAAAAUCCUGAAAAAUGUGACGCUGAAAGGGAUGAAUCUGAUGUUGAAAACGACAACUGUGAUGCUGGGGACGACAAUGAUGAAUCAGGAAGUUCUUUACAGCUGAGCGGUAUUUCUUCCUCAAAAGCGUCCUGCUCAACAACAAAAAAUCCCAGCAAAUGUUCCAGAUAUUUUCCCGGUCGCCUUUCCGGUUAUUCUGUGAAGAAGUGUGGCAGAGGCAGGCCCAGAAAGCAGGAGCGUAAAAAUGCGGCAUCUGAGUUGAAGGAUGUGAGCACUGAGAAGAAUGACUGGCCAGAGGAAACACCUGAGAGCUAUGAUGUGAACACACCUGAGAAGACAUUAUCUCGUAGCAGUGAGAAUGCAACAAGGAUGUCUUUCAGUGAUGACGAUGAAGACAUGAAUGUAGACUUUGAUAUGGACUUUGACUCCUUUUCAACAACUGAAAAACCCAGCAACUCUCCCAGUCCCAUCUCCGAUUCUUCACCGAAGAAUUGGGGCCGAGGCAGGCCCAGGAAGCAGGAGAGGGAAAAAAAUGCAGCAUCUGAAUUGAAGGAUGUGAGCACUGAGAGGAAUGACUGGUCAGAGGAAACACCUGAGAGCUGUGACAUGAACACACCUGAGAAAACAUUGUCUCGUAGCAAUGAGAGUGCAACAAAGAUGUCUUUCAGUGAUGACGAUGAGGACAUGAAUGUAGACUUUGACAUGGACUUUGAUAGUGACGAGGACAUCAGAAAUGAGGAAUAUGUUGGAGAUGGCGACUCAGUUGUAGUAGAUAAGACCAAGCAGGACAAUGACAGCAGUGAUGCCAAGAAGACCGACGGCUCACCUGAGUAUCACAGCAGUGUUGCAAACCUUGAAGAGGCUAAACAUGUCGCGAAAGAUGAUCCAAGGAAAGGAGCAGAAAAAAAUGGGGGGAGCAGACGUUCCUGUGCCACUUUAAAUACAGAAAAGAACAAAUUACUAGCUGCGAUGGCCGGCAUGAAAGAGGUGAAGAUAUUGAUCCCAAAACUGGACAUUACGAAGUUGAAGGAUCCAGCCCACAUUUCCAGGUUAUCAUCUGUGUCUAAUUCUGUCAAGCAACCACUGAAAGAUCAGCCCGUGCACGAUGCGAAAAACCAGAGUCCAACAGCGUUCACAAGCACAAAUUACAAGACGAAGCCAAGCAAUGAAAAGACGAUUCAGAUGACCUGCUCACGCUGUAAGAAAAGCAUGACGAAGGGUCAAACGGCUUUCCAGAAGAAAGGAUUCACAGACGUCUUCUGCUCCAAAAACUGCCUGUUUGAAAUAUUUCCCAUCAACAAACCAGCUGCCAAGAAAUGCCAUCACUGUCAAAAGACGAUAUUGCAGCCUCAGGACCUCAUCAUGGCUGCAGUGGACACUAAGGGAACUAUGAAGGACUUCUGCACUGUGACCUGUUUGAGCUCUUUUAAGUCCAAACCUGAGUCCAGCCAAACGCCACCAUCAGUCUGCAGCAAGUGCUCCAAGUCCUGCACUAUCACGUGUGAGGUCACACUGUACACAGUCGUCCACAAGUUUUGCAGCGGCUCCUGCUUUGACGACUUCCUCAGGGACAACACGGACAUCUGUGAGAACUGCAGCACCACCUGCACCAAAAAACCACUGAUGCUGAAGCUGGAGGAGGAGACCAUAACCAUCUGCAGUGGCUCGUGUCUGGACGAGUUCAUAGAGUUUAAAAACAGGCCCUGUCGGUGCACCAACUGCCACAUUUCUAAUCCGUGUUCAGAGAUGGUUCACGACAAAAGCAGUGAGAACAUUGUGGAGCUCUUCUGCACUCGCAACUGUGUGGCAUCAUACAGACUCGCAAUUGAAUACAAGCUUCACGGUAAAGAAUACUCAGCUCAGUUGAACAAGAAGAAAAGAAACAUAAAACUUUUCAAAGAGAAAUUGAGUACUGCGGACUCCACUGUAAACAGAAAUGUUGCAUCUCCAGCUGCUGAGUCGGACACACCAACGAUCAUCAUUGCAGACUCGUCCGUUGUUUGUUGCCUCUGUGGGAAAGAACUGCCAAAAGGACAGACGCUUUACCAGACAAAGAGCUCACCAGAGGUUUACUGCUCAGCCUCUUGCCUCUCUGAAAGGCAUCCCAGCAACAAAUUAGGCACCAAAAGUUGCUACAACUGCCUUCAGGUGAUAAUGCGACCUCACAACAUGAUCCUGGCUCCGGUGGAUGAUUCAGGAACUGUAAGGGAAUUGUGCAGCAACACCUGCCUCACCUCUGUCAACUCCAAGAGGAACAAUAUGAGCUGUAGGAUGUGCAGCAGACUUGCCUUUUGCAAAGUCAGGCAGAGCCUGGAUGGCUUGAUGCUUAGAGUGUGCAGCGACGCCUGCUUCAUCAACUACCACAGAGUCAACAACUUCCCUGUGUUCACCUGUGACGUCUGCAGCUCCGUCUUUAUCAACAAACCUCUCAUGCUUAAGAGGGAGGACGGCAGUAAAACCAUCUGCAGUGAAGAAUGUCUGGUGAAGGUCAAAGAGAACAUUGAGACCGCUCAGAUGUGCCCCAUGUGCCAAACAUCCCAUCAGAUGUCGGACAUGGUUGAAGACAGAAAUGACGAGGGCAGUUUGGACUUCUUCUGUAGCAACAGAUGCAUGAUGGUGCACAAGGCUCAGUCUGUCACUGUGUCAGAAAGGAACAGCCCACCACUGGAGGAAGAAGACAUAAAAGAAGUGAAGCCAUCACUACCAAAUCUGGGCUCUAUUAAAGAAGAGCCCAGUGAUGAAGAGUACAAACAAUAUUUUUCAUUCUCCAUAUCAGCAGAGGACAUCAAGGAUGAGCCUAAAGUGGCGAAGGAGGACUUGAAGAUUGGUUCAGUCUUCUCUUUCACGGAUCAAGACACAUCCACAGUGCCCACCGAGACCAAGAUGGAUUUGACUGCGUCUUGCUCCAACUGCAAAAAUUCACUGGUGGACGGAGAGACUGUUUAUCAGAGGAAGAGCCAUGCAGAAAUCUUCUGCUCAUCUCCCUGCCUCUUGAAUUUUUACCAAAUGAAACAAGCUAAGAACACCUGCCACUUCUGCCUUCAGGAGAUAACAAAUCCUCGGGAUGUCCUGAAGGCCCCAGCAGAUACUGAGGAGACGAUGAAGGAUUUCUGCAGCCAGGCCUGCCUGUCCUCAUUCAACUACAAGAGAAUCACGUCCGCCAAAAUACACAUCAAGCCCGUUGCGUCACGGUCUCAAUGCAGCAUGUGCAGCAGAUAUUGCAUUAGCAGACAUGAGAUCAUACAUCAGGACGUCGUCCACAAGCUCUGCAGUGAGCCCUGUUUUCUGCGCUUCUGCAACAUGAACAAUCUGUCCGUUUGUGUGAACUGUGGCUCCCACUGCAACACACCCGUGGUGCUCAAGAUGAAAGAUGGCCGCAAAAAACUCUGCGGUGCCGAGUGUCUGGCUCAAUUCAGAAAGAAAACCCAAACACAGCAGCCGUGUGCCAUGUGCUGCACCGCACGUUCAGUGACAGACAUGGUUGAAAAUGAAAACAGUGAGAAUGAGGUGGAGCUGUUCUGUACCACCAGCUGUGUGAUGGCAUCCAAGAUCCAGGCUGUCAGUGCAUCAGGUCUCCCGUUGGAUUGUGACCACUGUGGUAAGACCACAGUACCGGCCUGCCACCUCGCCAUGUCAGACGCCUCCAUCAGAAACUUCUGCACUCUAACCUGUGCCAUGACUUUCAAGGAGACCCAGAAUGUUGACAGUAACCCGACAGCGGCCUCCGACCAAUCACAGUGUGAUUUACACAAACCGCCAGAGAAACUGCUUUGUGCCCAGUGUCGGCGCAUUUUAAAAACUACACCAGAAGUCGUUCAGAAAAAGGGCAAAAUGAAUUUUGUGUGUAGUCUGGCCUGUUCUGAAGAGUUUAAGAGAGUCAACAACAUCAUGGGCAAAUGCGAAUACUGUAAGAAUGAGAGGAUCAUCAAAGAAGUCAAGAAAGUUGACAACAAAGACUGCUACUUCUGCAGCGACGGCUGCAGGAUGCUCUAUCACCAUGAGCUGAAAGAGAAGUGGGGGGAGUAUUGUCACUGUUGUGCUUACUGCCUCUCCAUCUCUAAGACAGUAGUGACUGCCCAGUAUAAAGGCACUGAAGAGGAGUUCUGCUCCGAAGACUGCAGCGCAAAUUACAACAUGCUCUUCUGCCAUGUUGCCAAGUGUGACACCUGCGGUCAUCAAGGGAACCUGAGGCAGAGUCUUCCCAUCCUGGGAGAGGUCAAACACUUCUGUGACCUGAAGUGUCUCCUGCAUUUCUGCAACAAAAAGGUCCAGAUGGUCAACACAGUCUCUUCACCUUCCAGACCUGCAGGCACGGUGGAGUCCUCCCCGGUCAUCGCUAACGUCAUCUCGCUCGCUGGCGCUUUGGCGAGGCAGCACAGAGCCUCUGCCAGCUCUGCAAAACAGGUCUCUGUCUCUGACAUUCAGACGAAGGUUGUUGGACAUGCCAGUGUUCAAACCGUCCCCAAGGAGCUGAAGAACAAGUCCACGCUCUGCACGCCGUUGGUCCACAAUAAGGGAGUCUCCUGUACGACGCAGACCGUCGAUACGGAAGCACAGACAGACAAAUGUGGCCCAACAGUCCUGCCGGUCCCGGUGCCGGUGUUUAUUCCUGUGCCUAUGAACAUGUACAGCCAGUACACACCGAAGCCUGUGUGCCUUCCCAUACCGCUGCCUGUUCCCGUGUUUCUUCCUGUGAUGUCGAACAGCCCAGAGAGAGAAGACGGGCAGAAGGACGGAGAGGUGACAAAAGAGGGACAAAGACAAGAGACUCACACCUCAAAAGAGCACAAGAGUAACUGUAGUGACGACCCGCAUGCAGAUCAGCGUGGUGCUUUCAAAGACCAGGAGGACUCGUUCUCUGACACCCACAAAGAAACGCCUCUGCAUUCACAAGUGUGCGAGUCCAGUGCGCCUCAACCUGAGCUCCAAACUCCAGCUCCUCUUCCUGCUCCAGCUCCAGCUCCUCCUCCUGCUCCCGUCCCUGCUUCAGCUCCUGCUCCAGCUGUGGAGAUGCGAGAGGAUCCCCGCAGCUCACCGAGCUCUGCUACUGACCCUCCACUAUUACAACAAACUGUGGGGAAGGUCCACAACAAGAACAAGGGUCGUAAGCUGCACCAGUCGUCCAAAGCAGCUAAGGCCGCUUCAAGGAAGCACCGCGAACUGAAGAGUCGUCGUGGAGCUGAUGCCUGGAGGAGAUGGAUACAGUGGAGGGAGUCACAAACCGACCCGGACCUCGUUUCUUCUCCUUCUUUGACGUUCAGUAAGGAUGUUCAUCGCUGCUCAGCGGCUGAGCUCAGUGACGGCCUCUGUUGUUUCGUCACUGAGGUGAAACGACCCGACGGAGAGCCGUACUCCCCCGACAGCCUGUUCUACCUCUGCCUCGGCAUCCAGCAGCACCUGUUGGAGAACGGUCACAUGGAGAACAUAUUCAGUGACCCCAUCUUCAAAAAGUUCUCCGUCAGGAUCACCAAGAUCCUGAAGGGUUUCAAACCCUCAGCCACAGCCAGCGGUUUCAUCUAUUCCCGUGUGGAGGAGGAGUUCCUGUGGGACUGUAAGCAGUUGGGGGCGUACUCUCCCAUCAUCCUCCUCAACACUCUGCUCUUCUUCAGCUGCAAGUACUUCGGCUUCACCACGAUGAAGCAGCACCGCCAGCUCUCCUUCGCCCAUCUCAGGUGCUGCUCCAAAACCAACCAGAACAACACCAAGACCAGCUUCCUGCGCUUCUACCCGCCAAAAUCCUUUAACGAGGCAGAGACAGAUGCAGACGGCGUCCCAGCUAAGAGGCGUAAGAGAGAUCAGAGUAAAGAGGGAGUGCUGGAGAUGAUGGAGAACCCAGAGAACCCUCUCCGCUGCCCAGUCAGACUCUACGAGUUCUACCUCUCCAAGUGCCCAGAGUCGGUGAGGCAGCGCGCCGACUUGUUCUACCUUCACCCGGAUCAUUCUUGCGUUCCCAGCAGCCCUCUGUGGUUCUCCUCCACCCCUCUGGACGACAGCACGGUGGAGGCCAUGCUUGUUCAGAUCCUCGCCGUCCGAGAGGUGCAGAGGGAAACAUACAUGAGGUGCUGACCAGCAAACGUCAGACGACACAGCAUUUAUACAGGAUUAUACGUGAUGAGGAGCAGUUAGAGACACUUUUUUAAUUGUUUUUGGACAGAUGUGAUUAAAUCUGGGAAUCAAGUUGUCAGAGUUUAUGAAAGAGUCGUAGAAAUAAAUUCCCUGCAAGAGAACUAUGUAUAUUUUUGAUUUAAACUACAAAAAAAACAGAACUCUUUCAUUAAGACAUCUGCAGGUUUUCACAAAAUCAUGUUUCAACGUUUUGCCGAAUGUUGAAGGCUCAUGUCCACGUUUAAAAGUCUACACAGCCAAGGACUCAUGAGGAGUAAACCGCUGACCUGCAUAUCAGACUGUUCUGGACUCAAACAACCAGCCAGAGUUCAGAUAGAAGUUGGAGUUCAACAACCAGUUUUCCUUCAAUUAUGGGUAAAUGCUGCCUUGAAUGCAACUGUGAAACCUGAAUGACUGAGCUGCUGCAUCCAGUCAUUUUGGCUUCGUUCACUCCAGCAGCCGUCUGUAAGAAUUCACUGGUUAAAAGAGCGAAGAGCAGCGAUCCAGAUAACUUCCAGCUGUGUGAAAUCUGUGUGCAGUGCAGACGUGUAGCUGAGCCGAGCUGCUGUGGAUUGUUUAUGAAGCAGGACUUUCCUUCCUGUUUUUACUUACUUAAGUUAACAAACCGCAAAUUCUGAAGCAGAUUUCCUCUUUUUUGUGUGUAUUUUGGUGCAAACUGGGGAAUUUCCCCAGUCUGGAGAAAUGGUAGCUUUGUUUUAAGGCCUUAACUAUGUUAAUCAGUUUUUCUUUGAAGCUGUCUCACUUGUAUCAGUCUGAUCUUAGAGCAGAUCUAACACGGGUCUAACACUUCAGAACAGGAUCAGCUCCUGAGGUUGUUCAACUUUAAAAGAGAAAAAGAAAAUCAAGAAGAGAAAACAGUUUAAGUCUUCUGCUGAUUUACAGUUGUCAUGUCUUUUGUUUUGUUUUUGUCCUUUGAACAGUGAAUGUUUAAGCUUUUAGUUGUGACUUGAGAUUUAUUUUUAUUUUUAGAUAAUAAAAAUACUGAAUAGUGA